UUCUUCUUCUUCGCUUCACAUCUGCAGAAUCCCUAGAGAGAGAAAUACUAGUAACCAACCUCUCUCUCUCUCCGCCAUCUUCUUCUUCUUUCUCGUCUUCUUCAACAACCACCGAUCUGUUUCCAUCUCAAAUCCGUGAGGUUCGACGAUAAUUAUCUUAGAUCUUGUUUGCAGUUUGAGGCAAAAAUGUCUUCUUUGAGCAGGGAACUUGUGUUUCUUAUACUUCAGUUUUUGGAGGAAGAGAAAUUCAAAGAUACUGUUCAUAGGUUGGAGCAAGAAUCGGGUUUCUUCUUCAACAUGAGAUAUUUUGAUGAGUUAGUGACAAAUGGAGAAUGGGAUGAGGUUGAGAAGUAUUUAUCGGGAUUUACAAAGGUAGAUGAUAACCGAUACUCAAUGAAGAUAUUCUUUGAGAUUCGGAAACAAAAGUACUUGGAAGCUCUGGACAAGAAAGAUCGUCCUAAUGCGGUGGAAAUCCUAGUGAAGGACUUGAAAGUUUUUUCUGCCUUCAAUGAAGAUCUCUUUAAAGAAAUAACUCAACUUAUGACCUUGGAGAAUUUUAGGGAUAAUGAGCAACUAUCUAAGUAUGGAGAUACAAAGUCUGCUAGGAACAUAAUGCUUGCUGAGCUUAAAAAGUUGAUUGAAGCUAACCCCUUGUUCAGGGAUAAGCUAGCUCUUCCUAGUCUGAAGAACUCAAGGCUUCGGACAUUAAUCAACCAGAGCUUGAAUUGGCAGCACCAGCUUUGUAAGAAUCCAAAGUCUAACCCUGAUAUAAAAACCUUGUUUGUGGACCAUUCUUGUGCACAAUCACAGCCAAAUGGUGCCCGUGCCCCAUCUCCGAUUACUAAUCACUUAAUGGGCAUGGUUCCUAAACCUGGGGGGUUUCCACCUCUAGCUGCACAUGGACCAUUCCCAGCAGCUCCAGUUCCUAUGCCAUCUUCUCUUGCUGGGUGGAUGGCUAAUCCUUCUGCUGUUCACCCUUCGGCAUCAUCAGCUGGGCCCAUUGGUUUCACAACGCCUAAUAAUUCAGCACUUUUAAAGCGUCCAAGAACUCCUCCUACAAAUAGUGUGAAUGUGGAUUAUCAGACAGCAGAUUCUGAUCUCGUACUAAAGAGAACAAGACCUUUUGGAAUGUCAGAUGAAGUUAACAACCUUCCAGUUAAUAUCUUACCUGUUGGGUUUACUGCUCAGAGCCAUGGCCAGAGUUCAUAUUCUUCUGAUGAUUUGCCCAAAGCGGUUUGCAUGUCUCUUAAUACAGGGUCAGCUGUGAAGAGCAUGGAUUUCCAUCCGUCUCAACAAAUAACUCUUCUUGUUGGGACCGACAAUGGUGAGAUUAUGAUAUGGGAGCUAGGCAGUCGGGAGAGGCUUGCUGUUCGGAACUUCAAGAUGUGGGAACUUGCAACUUGUUCUGUCUCAUUGCAGGCAUCUCUUUCGAGUGAUUAUACUGCAUCAGUCAAUCGCGUAACCUGGAGUCCAGAUGGUAACUUGUUUGCUGUUGCAUAUUCUAAGCACAUUGUUCAUGUAUACUCGUACCAUGGGGGUGAAGAUGUCCGUAACCAUUUAGAGGUGGAAGCUCAUUCUGGAAGUGUCAAUGAUAUUGCUUUCUCUUACCCAAAUAAACAACUCUCCUUUGUCACUUGUGGCGAAGAUAGGCUCAUCAAGGUGUGGGAUGCUGUUACAGGAGCCAAGCAAUACACCUUUGAAGGCCAUGAAGCACCUGUAUACUCUUUGUGUCCACACCACAAGGAGAAUAUUCAGUUUAUCUUUUCAACUGCGACCGAUGGGAAAAUAAAGGCAUGGCUUUAUGAUAAUGCGGGAUCUAGAGUUGACUAUGAUGCACCGGGCCAUUCCUCCACUGCAAUGGCAUAUAGUGCAGAUGGAUCAAGGUUAUUUUCAUGUGGAACCAAUAAAGAAGGAGAUUCUUACCUUGUGGAGUGGAAUGAAAGUGAAGGUGCUGUUAAACGUACCUAUAACGGGCUUGGGAAGCGAACGGAUGGAGUUGUCCAAUUUGACACCACCAAGAAUCGAUUCUUAGCAGUUGGAGAUGAAUUCAUGUUGAAAUUUUGGGACAUGGACAGUCUUAAUAUAUUGACGACAACAGAAGCAGAUGGCGGACUGGCGGCUUCUCCUUGUGUCCGAUUCAGCAAAGAAGGGAUGUUUUUGGCUGUUUCAACCAAUGAUAAUGGUAUUAAAAUUUUAGCCAAUUCAGAUGGAAUUCGGAUACUUCGCACUGUAGAAAGUAGGUCAUUUGAUCCUUCUAGGAUUGGCUCUGCUGCGAUUGUGAAGGCUCCUUCUAUGGCUUCAUUUGGUGCUGUCGGUGGAGCAGUUGGUUCCAGCAUCAUGGAUCGUCCUGGUCCAAUGGGACCUCUUGUCCUAAUGAAUGGGGAUGCCAGAAGCUUGGUAGAUAUCAAGCCUAGAAUUAAUGAUGAAUCCGCAGAUAAGACUAGGAUCUGGAAACUGACAGAAGUGAAUGAGCCAUCACAGUGCCGGUCCUUGAGGCUGCCAGAGAAUUUGACAUCAAGGGUCUCAAGGUUGAUGUAUACAAAUUCUGGACUUGCUAUUUUGGCUUUAUCAGCCAAUGCAGUUCACAAGCUUUGGAAAUGGCAGAGAAAUGAUCGCAACAUGAGUGGCAAGGCAACUGCUAAUGUUGCACCUCAACUGUGGCAACCUGCAAGUGGAAUUUUAAUGACCAAUGAUAUCGGUGAUACCAACCCUGAAGAUGCUGUUUCUUGCUUUGCACUUUCAAAGAAUGAUUCAUAUGUUAUGUCUGCUUCUGGAGGGAAAAUCUCAUUGUUCAAUAUGAUGACUUUCAAGACGAUGACAAUGUUCAUGCCGUCGCCACCUGCAGCAACAUUUCUCGCAUUCCAUCCGCAAGAUAAUAAUAUUAUCGCGAUUGGCAUGGACGAUUCAUCUAUCCAGAUAUAUAACGUCAGAGUUGACGAGGUGAAAAUCAAACUCAAAGGCCACCAGAAAAGAAUAACGGGGCUAGCCUUCUCUAAUAUUCUGAACAUCCUAGUUUCUUCAGGGGCAGACUCUCAGCUCUGCGUUUGGAGCACAGAUGGGUGGGAGAAGCAGACUAGUAAGUUCUUGCAGGUCCCACCAGGCCGAACACAGGCUCCUCUAGCUGAUACCAAAGUUCAGUUUCACCAAGAUCAGAUCCAUUUGAUGGUAGUUCAUGAAACUCAGAUAGCCAUAUAUGAAGCGCCUAAGAUGGAAUGUCUUAAGCAGUGGGUCCCUCGGGAAGUUAGUGGUCCAAUCACACAUGCUGCCUAUUCCUGCGAUAGUCAAUCGAUAUAUGUCAGCUUUGAAGAUGGGAGUAUCGGCGUUUUAACUGCUGUUAACUUACGGUUAAGAUGUCGAAUUAAUCCGUCUGCUUAUCUUCCCUCAAACCCGAGCUUGAGAGGUCAUCCUCUGGUCAUUGCGGCUCACCCAUCCGACCCUAAUCAGUUUGCUUUGGGACUCAACGAUGGUGGUGUUUGCAUUAUCGAGCCUUUGGAAUCAGAAGGAAAAUGGGGCACUUCCCCACCACAUGAAAAUGGGGCUGGGCCAAGUAACGCGCCACCUAGUGCAGCCAGUUCAGAACAACCCCAAAGGUAAGUGAGAUUGCAAGAUUUAGAGUCUGGUAGAUGAAAGAUGAAUGCUGGUUCUAACUUUAUAAUAGGUCACUCACUCAGUCUCUAUAGAAAAAAAAUGUAAAUGCUUUGAGGUUAACUUUAUUAUGUAUUGUUACAUUAACUUUGACUAUAUUAAGAGUUCUUUUAUUCAAUAAGGUGACUGAAAAUCUUAAUGUCGUUUUC